AUGGCGACCUCAAAGCUCACCCUCCACGGCUUCCCUCGCACGCCUUGCACGAAGAUCGCCCGCAUCGUGCUCGAGGAGCUCGGCGUCCCCUAUGACCUCGUCCGCGUCGACUUCCUCGGCUACGAACACCACUCCGCCGCCUACCGCACGCAGCAGCCCUUCGGCCAGGUCCCGUACCUCGUCGAGUCCUCCGGCGCCGAUGGAGGAGACGACUUCGUGCUCUUCGAGUGCCGUGCCAUCGCGCGGUACGCCGCGAUCCUGUACGGGGGUGUCGAGAAGGGCUUGGUCCCAGAUCCCGCGGACGCGCGCGCCGUCGCGCGGUUCGAGCAGGCAGCGAGCGUGGAGGUGACGGACUUCAUGCCGUCGGCGAGGACGCUGCUCUUGGAGAACGUCGUGAAACCUAUACGGGGCUUGGAGCGAGACCCCAAGAAGGUCGCGGAGUGCGAGACGCUGCUACAGGCGAAGCUCGAUGGGUACGAAGCGAUGCUCUCGAAGAGCAAAUAUCUGGCGGGACACCACCUGACAAUCGUGGAUCUUUUCCAUGUCGGAUACGGAGCUCCCUUGAAGAUGCAAGGGUACGACUACCUGGAGUCACCCCGCUGGCCUAACGUGGCACGGUGGUGGAAAGACAUAUCGUCUCGACAAAGCUGGAGCAAUGUGAACGUGUCCGAUUGA